AUUACAGCCCAAAGUAAUCUGUUCGGCUAACCAAAAUUCACAAGUUUUACAAUCAAAAUUUCUACAGAUAAAAUAAAUCAAAGUAAAUAAAAUAUAAAUUCACUAUGAGGAAAUCACCAAGCAAAAGAUGCGGUCCAGGAUAUCCAGGGGGAGUGAAUUUGAAGAAACCAUUUGGUUUUUGCUGUGAUCCAAAGAAUCAGGAUCCAGAUACUCGUUACGACAAUAAAAAUCCUCCCUUCAAGUCGUCGAUGGAAAAUAUAUUUUUAAACAGAGGUGGACCUGACCUGAAAUUUCGUAUCCAGGAUAUAGGCAAGCCACCUUAUCCCAUCCGGAGAGAAGGACGCAGAGCCAUAAGUGGAACAUCAUUAGGUGAAUGUAGCAGAUGUCGAGGUCCAUUGAAAUGGUAUUUGGAGGAUGAAAUAGCACUUGCACGUGAUAUGCUGGCACACGAUAAACAAACUAAAUAUAAUUCAGAUGCUGAAAAACAUGUGAAUAACGCUAUCAAAAAAGCAAAAAGGCGACGAGAUCAACGGAGAAAAGAAAAGCGAAAAACUGAAUCACUAUAAAAUGAUGACCCAAACUUAACAUAGGAGCCUGGAUCAACUCGAGGAAUUUUUUUUUGAAAAAUAUUGCAUCGAUGAAAAUACAAAAAUUUAAAAAUAUAUUAUAUUUUACAUACU